CUCUUCUUCCUAUUCCUAUUCUAGGGUUUAUUCUAUUUUUUAUUUUUUAUUUUGAUUUGGUUCUGCUUAUUUCCUUUUUUGAUACUCAGUUCUGCCUAUUUCUUAUUCCUAUGUCUUUAAUGCCUUUUUAAACGCGAGAAUGGCUAAUUAGUACCCUAUGAUUUUGAAUUCGAAGCGAUGCCAUUGAAUCGGGACCCUCUUUUGCUACUUAUUCGUGAUUAUUUACAGCGCUUUUGUAUGAUAUGAUACUCUCAUGAUCUUCUUUACUAUCCCUAAUCCUACUGAGUUUCACUGUUUACAAUGCUUAAAUAUUAUUAAACUAAAACUAAUGGAAGAAAACCUAUAAUAGCACUUCAUAUCCCCCAAAAAAGGUCAAAACAAACAAGUCUUGGAUCCGUAUAAACCGUGCACCUAGCUGGUUGAGUAGAUGAUAAGAAAUUGGAAAUUGUUAGGUAGUGGAGUUGGCAGUCUUCUAUAAUGCUUUAGUUAGUUGUAUGUAUAUGAGUAAGAGUAAGUGCUAAUAUUCAAGAUACAAUGUUUCUGCAGUAUAUAUCAAAUCUUCUUGUCAUUAAUGCCUGGAGGGUGUCACCAAUUGCACUCAAAGUAGCUGGUGCAAAAAUUGCAAAUAAUAUUUUCAAUGCCAUUUGAUUCUUCCACAAGCUUUGGUGGAUCUUUUUUAACACCUAAAUUAUGUUGGGUUGCUUUCCACUGGGGAAUGAAUAAUGGACUACUUGGCUUUGUGAUUGUGAGAGUAGCUGAUUUCUUAUUCUUUAUUUAUAGAUUUUGUAAAGAUAAAGAUGCUGUACAAGAUCCAUCAUGAAUGUAGUUUUUUCAUGGUUUUCUCAGAAUAGGGUUGCUAAGUUUGUAGUCUGUUUGGAGAUUCAAAUUGGCAAGCACCUUCGUUACUCGUCGCUGAAGUUAAAUUCACAUCAAUAUUUAGAAUGUGGAAUUGUAUCAUCUCGGUAGACGUAAAUUGUUAGAUAAAUUAGUCAUAGCACUAUCCAGUUGUGAGAAUGAGAUUUUGGGCAUUAUUGAGAUAAAUUUACAAUUACAUCCGUUUGUGCGCCAUUCUGAGGCAUUAUUGGCAUCCUUAGUCUAAUCGUUUCUUGAAGUUUCGGGUGUUGGCGAUUAGUCAAAGGUAUUCGAUUUGUUGUAUCUACUUAGAAUUGGUUUAACAAGUACACAUAUGCCUCUAACAAGUUCCCAUACGUCCAGUAACAAUAUUUCAUUAGCACUCUUAUACACAGUAUAACUUAAAACAGUAAAAGACUUGAAAAAAUAUAAAACGAAAAAGGUAAAACAAUUACAACGAUAAAAGAUUUUUGCUCCUCUGGGAAGAAGUUAUUAUCAGCAAAUCAAAUGUUGCAGAGAUGGAAGCAAAGAAGAACUAGAACAGAUAAAAUUCUCAUGAAAAGAGAGAAGUUCAAUCGGGAAAUUCUUGUGAUUAAUAAGGAGAGCAAACUAACUAUACAAAACAAGUCUCCUAACCGAGUUGGGGAAGGGGAGCGGUUAUUAAAUAUUAAGUAACCACAGUAAACAUGAUCAAAUGAUGUAUGCCACAACAAACUAACACUUUGGUGGAUAGAUUUUAUUUCUCGUUAUCAUUCCUCCAAGUAGCACUCUUAUUUUUUCAUUUUGAUCGACCACCAACAACAUGCUUCAUAGUAGCUUUUUCCUUCCAUCCGUAUUCUGUGAAUAUACUGAGUCUUACAUAGUAUCGGCUCAACUCUUGACGUAUGAUACCUACUCAAGCACUUAUUUGGGUAUGCAUGAGAUAGAAAUCGAGACAUGUACGACUGAAGUAAAUCUUCCUAGUCUCGUACUGAGCAUAGAACUGGGAUUAAUGAUUUAAUUUUGCUUCUCUGCAUGCGUUUUUUCUUUCAAGAAUGGAUUUUUGUGUUCUCUCUAAAUUCUUUUCUGUUUUAAAAAACGUUCGGUUAUGAUUACUGAGUUGUUGACUCCCGUGGUUGGUGACUUGAUGUGAACUUUGACGGGACAGUUCUUGUAGCUUCAGAUUUUUUGUGGUCAUUUUUUUUAGUCUUCUUUUCAUUUGAAAACUCUGUUCUUUCUGUUUCCUAGCCUGCCAUAUAUAUCAGAUUUAUGACAUUUCUUUUGGUGUUUGUUUCAAAUUCAGAGAACUCUGCAGUAAUUAAAUUGAUCCUAUAACAUUGCGGGAAGAAAGAUGAGUGAACCUGGCAGAAAGCACUCUUCAAGGAGGGAUUUGAGAGAUGAUGCUGAAUUUGCAAGAAGUAGCCGGAGUAGGAGCCCUGCAUGCGAUUUCAGGUGGGAUUCAGAAGCCAGUGACAGAAAAAGAAUGAGGUCUGGAGGAUCAACACGACCAUGUAGAGAUUUCGCUGUUGGAAACUGCAGAAGAGGCAGCCAUUGCCAUUUCCUUCAUGAUGAUAAUCAAAACUAUGAUGAUGGCUGGGAAAGUAGAAGCAGGCAAGACAGAGCUCUCAGAUAUUCUGCACCCCAUGAGGGUGGGGACUAUUCUCUUAGAAGUGGAAGAUCUAAUGAUGCUUGUAUUAAUUUUGCAAAAGGAUGGUGUAGAAUGGGAGCAUCAUGCAAGUAUGUACAUCAUCACAACAAUUCUGAUGGGUUUCGUGAAAUUUCCGUUGCAGAAUCAACUAGAGAAAGGGAAAUUGAUAGGAGGCACAUGGAGAGUUCUUAUGAGUGGGAUGGUGCGCAUCGUCCAAAUCACAGUGGGGAUAUUCCUUGCAAAUUUUUUGCUUUUGGCAAUUGUCGAAACGGUAAAAAUUGCAGGUUUUCUCAUGAUAGUCAAGCAUUUCAGAGGCCUAACAGAAGUUUAAGGGAUGAUAGGACGAGUUAUUAUGGUGAACAUGAGGCAUUGGAUAUACAAAAAUUGAAUGAUUCGAUUAGUCCGAAUGGAAGGCUAAGGGAUGACAGAUGUGGUUUCAAAAGCAACAUGGCUGAUGUAGAUGAAGCUUGGGAUGGUCCAGAAAAGAAUGACUUGGGUGCUGUCGUUGAUACAGAAAACCUGGUUGAGGACAACACAAACAGAAUUUCAGGUGCCACAGAGCCGAGUUUCACUCAUCGGCCAAUGAAUGAUGUAUUGGACUGCCGUUUAGAUAAGGGCAGAGUGCAUGCUCAAUCACCGUUUCCAAGUGCGAAGAACGAUACCAACUAUUGGGAGACACAAAAGGCUGGAGACAACAUGCGCAGUACCCAGUCAAUAAAUACAGUGAUUUGGCCAGGUGAUGAAAAAAUGUCUCCCGAUUGGAAGUUUGGUGUGGGAUCUUUCUGCGGAACUGAAGAGAAGCAUGAGCAGAAUAAACAAGAAGUUACUCCAGGACAAAGAUUUAAUCAGAAUGCUCAGGAUCUAAAUGCUUCAAGCUGUCAGGUUGUUGGUCAAAGUCAAAUGCCAGUUUCCGUUGCUGCUUCAAGAGUGGGAAUUGUAGAAGGUAUGCAGAACCAGGAAAUCAAUGUGGAGAAAAAGUACACUGCUGAGCCAAACAUCAUGGAGGCGAUUCUAUCACAAAUUAGUUCAAGAGAUCCUUUAUCUCAGAACAUGGUUAGCAAAGAACGGCUUGCUCAACUAACCAGCAUCUCAGCCACUCUGGCACAUAUCAUUGGUUCAGCUAAGCAGCUUCCACAACUUAAUGCUACUUCAAAUUCUCAUGAUGCAAGGGAUACUCCUUUACUAGGCAAAUCUGAAGGGUCUUAUUCUAAUAAUAAGCCAGUUUUUACGUUCGCCAAGUCAGAUCCUGCCGUUGGAUCACAGAAGCAGUAUGAUCCAAUUUGUGACAGUAUUGAAACUAAGGAUGCUCAUGCAAAUGGCGUCCCGCCAUACUUUUCCCCAAUUGUAAAAAUUAUAAAUGAAGCGGAAGAAAUUCCAGCACCAUCAUCUAAGUCAACAAGACAAAAUCUUGAUUAUUCUCGUAAAACUGCCUUUCCAGAAGGACCACUUGUUAAGUGUGACCACUCUAUUCAGUUGCAGCAGCAAGGUGAAAAUAUUGAGAUUAAUAAGGAGAAAGAUGUAGUGAUAGCUGAAGAAAAGCAAAGUUUACAAUGUGCUAAAGAAAUCACGAAAGAGAAUAUUCCUAUGGAAAACAUGGAUCAAACUGGUGGAACUGAUGAAGCCAAGAAAACAAAGGAUGUUAAAGGGGUUCGUGCAUUUAAAUAUUCAUUGGUGGAGUUUGUUAAGGAGCUGCUAAAACCAACAUGGAAAGAAGGCCAAAUCACCAAAGAAGAUUAUAAAUCAAUUGUGAAGAAAGUUGCUGAUAAAGUAGUUGGCACGGUGCAGCGGGCACAUAUUCCUCAAACGCAAGAGAAAAUUGACCACUACCUAUCAUUGUCAAAACCAAAGCUUAACAAACUUCUACAGGCAUAUGUAGAAAAGGCACAGAAGGCAUAGGCAUGUGCAGAAAUUUGGCUGUGUAAUUUGUUGACUAUGUUUAUAUAUUGCUUCAUUUUUCUUUUUUCCUUUAUUUUUUUGGGUACCCUUUUAGAUCAGUUGAUAAUCUAAUGGAGUAGUAGCCCUUGCAGCUCGUGUACAUACAAACUCGGCAAAAACGACUGAUGCUAUUAUACAUUAGCUUAUAAGUUAUAACUUGCUUACAGCCCUAAUACUUAUAGGGGUUCA